CCUCUUCUUCCUCUUCACACAAUAGCAAUCCUCUCUUAUUCAUUAGUGGUGUUCUUCUACUCAAGGGAGAAUGAAGGGAGAAGCCAUUGAGCAAGGAGAAACUUCAAGGGCCCCCAUGGCUAGAGGAAUCAAUAGAGGGACAUCCAUUUUAGACCUAAUCCUUCGCCUCCUCGCGCUCAUCGGCACACUAGGGAGUGCCAUUGCCAUGGGGACAACUAAUGAGACCCUCCCUUUCUUCACUCAGUUCAUUCAGUUCAAGGCGGAGUACAACGAUCUCCCGACGUUCACCUUCUUUGUGGUUGCGAAUUCGGUGGUGUGUGUUUAUCUUGUCCUAUCCAUUCCGCUGUCCAUAGUGCACAUCAUCAAGACCAGGGCAAGAUAUAGUAGGUUGAUCCUGAUCUUCUUCGAUGCGGCAAUGCUAGCUCUCUUGACGGCGGGGGCUUCAGCAGCGGCGGCAAUCGUCUACUUAGCGCACAAGGGCAACGUAAGGGCAAACUGGUUUGCGAUUUGCCAACAAUUCAACUCCUUCUGCGAGCGCAUCUCCGGUUCGCUGAUAGGCUCCUUCGCGGCGAUCAUCAUGAUGAUCCUGCUCAUCUUCCUAUCCGCUUUCGCUCUCGCGAGGCAUUGAGAGUUCAUGAAUCAUAUAUGAUCAUCAGAGAGCAAGUUCAUCCUUUUAUUUUGUGGGGAGGAAUGUGUGCUUAUUUUGUUGUGUGCAAUGUUCUUUGUUCCAUUUUAUUUCUCAUUUGUGUUGGCCAUUAAGGCCUCUUUGCUUUUCUCCUAUGUGUUGUAGUCAAAAAAAAAAAAAAAGGUUUGUUUAUGUAAAACCCAUGAUAAUUAAGUUUGAAAAGAAAUGGCUAAAUUGCACUAUAUAUUGUCCUCGAACUUCUAGCAAGAUUUCAAUUUAAUCUUCGGUGUUUCAACUUUUUCGUCUUCAAGACCCUAACUUUCGCAUUAUGAUAGACAAAAAUAUAUAUUAUAAUUACUUUAAAAUGAAGUGAGAAGUGUUGAUCGUAAGGAUUAACCGACUAUCCCAAAAGUAUGUACUAAUAGAAAGAAUACACCUAUCGUAUUUAAGGGUUAGCUCAAUAACAACGUUCACGAGUUUUGACCUGAUUAAACGUAUUAGUCUCCUAGAUUUAUUAUAACGGAACAGAAAGUUAGAUUUAUUUCCGUCAACAAGAAGAGAUAAAAAAAAAAUCAAAAUUUCAAAUAAAUCUAAGGUCAA